CGGAUAUACUACGGAUAAUUUUAAUGUUUGAAUAGGGUUUAUUCAAAUCGUUGUUACUGCCGUUGCUGUUCUGCAUAUUUGCGCGAUGUACACGAUCAACAGUGGCUCAAAAAUUUAUUAAUCCACUGUUCUGUCAUGUUAUAAAUAGUUUAAAAUAAUUUGAAAAUAUAAACAGAUAGUGUUUUGAGUUUAAAAAAAAGUGUAGGUUUUUAUUAAAAUAUGCCAGCAAAAGGUGGAAAUAUGCGAAAAGGAUCCUUGCGGGCUGAUCGUAAAAAUGUCCCACUCAAUAAACGAUUGGGUAUUAAGAAAACUUCACCAGUCAAAGCUGGUGGAAUUACAAAGGGUGAUGCCCGAUUGAAAAUUAUACAAAAAAACAGAACAAAAUUACUGGAUGCACGUGACAAACUAGCACAAAUGGCUAAAAGUAAAGAUGCUCGUGAAAAAUUGACUAAAUUACGUGAAGCUCGGGCAACGGGUCCAAGCUCUGUAAAUAGUAGUUUUACAAGACCUGUAGGCACAAAUAUUACAAUGAAAAAGGAUCGUCAUGGAAAAAUUAGUUUGACUACUAACAAAUCAACAAGAAAUAGUGCAUUGGCACCUCCAUCACUUGGAUUAGCUGUUCAAAGGCAACUUGGUUUAGUAGGAGCACUUCCAUCAGUUCCACAUACAUCAAUUAUGAAUCGCCAAGUGCAGAGAAAAGCACCACUUCAACAACGUCAAGUUACUAGAGGUGGAGUCAAUAAAUUACAUAAUAUAGGCUACAAAUUACCUUUAGCUACUCAUCAACUUGAUGGGUAUCCAUCGGAUAUUUCUAUGCAAGAAGAGUAUGUACCAACGGCUCCUCCCGUAAUACGAAGAACUAUUCAUAAUGAUAUUGUAGCCGAAUUGCCACCGUUACCAGACUUUUCAUACGCACCUAUUGAAAAUCCUUUGUAUCCUCCUUCUUGGGGAUCUUCUCAAUCAAUGCCAAUGGAAUCACGUCGAAAAAAAGAAUCUUCACGAAGCGAAUAUAUUGACUAUGAUGAACCUCGAAUUUCUAGGCCAAGUCAACGCGUUCACUCUUAUAUUGAUUUGGAUGCUGUCGAAGAUACACAACCUUUGAAACCAGUCAAACAGCCAUUAAAUGCUGGAAUUAGGGCACGAUUGGAUACAGCUCCAAUGUCGUCUCAAUCACAUGGAAUAUUUGCAAAAGCUAAACCUAAACCCAUUGUUUCUCCAGGACAUCGUAUUGUCGUAUCUAAUUUACAUUCAGCAGUAACACAAGAAGAUAUUACAGAAUUAUUUGCUGACAUCGGAGAUUUAAUGGUUGCACGAUUAGUUCGACCAGGUACUGCUGAAGUAAUAUAUAAAAAUCUAGCGGAUGCAAAUAAAGCUGUUGAAGUGUAUCACAACCGCCAACUUGAUGGUCAACCAAUGAAAUGUAUGUUGGUUAAUAAACGACCAGUUAAUAAUCCAACAGCACCGGCAAUUACAAAAUCAACAACAUCUAGUUCAUUACGUUUGAAUGCAUCUGGUGCAGUAAAAAAACCAACAGCGGUAUCAAAAAGUAAUAAAUUAGUACCGGAUCUUAGUACGAUUCAUAAAGUAUUAUUUAAUCGAACAUAAAUAAAAAUCAUCGUUUGCGAAAAUUAACUACUACUCCUGAUGCUAAUUAUAUGAAACUUUUAUUAAUUACAAAUGGUUUUUUUUAUAGAUUUUGAACAAAAAAUAUACUCGUAGGUAUAUUGUAAGAUAUGUUUGAUUUGUAUUUUAUUUUAUUAUUUAUGGGGUGCUUAGAGCUAUGCGCUUCAAUCAAGUGGGGCACGUAACACUGAACAUCUCAUAUUCCUUGACUGAGGUCUAUAUGGAGUGAUUGAAUCUUGAAAUCCAUAACAACUCUAAUUUUAUGUAAUUUUUCGAUGUAUACAAAAUAUUAAAUAAAAAAU